UAUGCUUAAGGGAGGUACAGUUGGUGACGUUUUGUGUCGUGUGAGUAUCUUCAAGAAAAAGAAGAUUAAUGAUUUUAGAGCAAAAAAUAUAAUGGCGAUGCAUCACAUUAGCAAGAAACAAUUGCACAAAUGGAAGACGGCAUUUAACCUCUACGACAAAGAUGGUGAUGGUACUAUCAGCGUGCGUGAGCUGGGUUCACUCAUGAAGGAGUUAGGGCAGCCCAAGAAAGAAAAGGAGCUGAAUGCUAUGAUCAAGAAUGUUGAUAAGGACAGGAAUGGUAGCCUUGACUUUGGUGAAUUUUGUGAGCUGAUGCGUGAAAAGGAGGAAGAAGACAGAGGUGGACCACUGUACAAAGCAUUUAAGAAAGCGGAUAGAGAUGGCAGUGGCACCAUCAGCGCCAAGGAGCUGAAGAGGAUGAUGCGCGAUAUGGGACAAGAUCUUGAUGAUGAAGACAUUGAUGAAAUGAUACGGCAGGCAGAUAUGGAUGGUGAUGGGGAGAUCAGCUAUGCGGAAUUCAAGGCUAUGAUGGGAUAAGGUCGGCCUCCCACCAAGGCCUUAAGACAAUGCUGCAUCAUGACUGAUUGGUUUUGCUUUAUCAGUUUUGAUGAAAACUUGCUAUGAUGGAUAAGGACGGCCUCACAAUUGAAGCCUCAGGACAAUGUUGUGCUGCUUUCAGACCGAUUUGUGAAACUUGCUUUGACAGGAUAAGGACGACGGCCUCCCUACCAAUGCCUCAAGACAAUGGGUGAUAUGAAUAAACACUAGUAAAUGCUUUUACUUCUAUUUUGUACAGAAAUGCCUAGUGUAAAUGUACGUGAAGUUUUAAGUAAAAGCAUUUCCUAGUCUCUAUUCAUAUCACCCAAUGUGUUGCUUUCCGACUGAUUUGUUUGCUUUAUCAGUUUUGAUGGAAAUUCAAGAAAUUUGAAGAAAUCAAUGUACAUGUAUUGAAGUUUUGAAAAAAAAAUUGGAAGUGGGUUGAAAGCAAAGAGUUUGUUUCAUAUUUUAUCUUUGGAUAGUCCUAGAAGCUUGGAUUAUCCUUGGGUUGAUUACUUAUAUCUUUGCAUGGUUUCAAAACAUUUGUCUUCUGGUGGGAAGGGUGCUGACACAGACAGUUUGAGUUAGAGGUAGUUUUCCAGGUUCAGAAAUCAAACUUAGAACAGAGAAGAGCCUACUACUAUUAACAAAGAAAUGAUAAAUUUUACAGCUCCAUUCCUGAACAUGUAGCUAGGGUUUACCUAGUUUUAGAACGCAUAAAGGCCAAUUCUUCAUAUGGUUUACCUGUUGUACAGUAUGGAAUGACAGGUCUACCCUUUCCAAACCAAGAUAUUACCUAGAAGUGUGCACUGAAAGUAGAAUUUGAUCCAUCAUGUUGUACAAAUUCAAGAAAUACAAAAAGAAAAUCUAUGCUUUUCA